CUCCAGGACAACCUGCCCGAUUCCAAGAUGGUGGCACUACGGCUUCGACAGCGUCUGUGUCCAAGGCAGUGCUGACAAACAGGUUUUGGUCAGACAAAGGCUCUCAAGUCACACAACUCUCCACUGGUCAUGCAGCUCCAGUUCGACAUGGAAGCCAUGGGAAGAAAAUGUUUCCCAUCACUGCAACAAAGUUCUAUGACAAACGAUUUCUGAGUUUGCUGAGAUUCUAUAUAUUAUUGCCUGGGAUACCAAUAGCAAUAUUUAUAACGUAUGUCAACAUCUUCAUUGGUGAAGCUGAACUUGCAGAGAUUCCAGAAGGUUAUAUUCCUGAUCACUGGGAGUACUACAAACAUCCUAUAACUAGGUGGAUUUCUCGUUAUCUCCUUGACUCUCCUGAAAAGGAAUAUGAAAAAAUGUUGGCGUUAAUUGAUAUUGAAACUAAUAAAUCUGACCUAAGGAUGAAAGAGAAGGAAGCGCGUCGACUAAUGAGAGCGAGGGGAGAUGGACCCUGGUAUCAGUUUGAAACCCCUGAUAAAAAUCUUAUUGAUUAUUCUUCCAAAGCAACUCCUGACAAUUAAGCAGUUAAUCUACUGUUUCAAAAGGGCACCCACGAAUAACGACUGAAUAAUGUAAUGUAUAUCCUGUUGUUACUUGCUGACUUAAAUAAAAGUUUUUAUUUGAGUAUU